ACAACUAUUCCCUGCUGGACUCUUUGCGAAUUCCAUUUCCAUCCAAGUGUGUAGCGCACAUACUGGUUAGCGCACAGUUCUGUUGUUUAUCGGGUUAGCUUGCCAGCUGUCUAACGGGAAAUGAAUGGAAUAGGAGACUGUUUCAACUAUCAUUUUUACAUAACAGCAUAUCGGAUCAGUAAAUGUUUCUAAACCCAUCCACGACUAAGCUAGUUCGCUAGCCAACGUCUGACAUCCGGAAUUGCUCGCUAAUAGUGAGCAGUAGGUAUCGCUACAUAACAUAGCCAGCUGGCUGACUUGCCAGAAUUAGCUUGCUAGCGAGCAAGCUACCUAAAUUGCAAAAGAAAAAAAUUAAUUAAAUAAAAAAAUACAGUGAGUCGUCCUCACAGCCUGCAAAGCUAACUGAAUAACGUAACAUUAGCUAUUUUUCGUGCUAUCCCAAGGUUAGCCACCUUCCCGUUCUACAAGCUACAAGUGGAUCCUAGGUAGCUCUGCGUAGUACAGUUAGGAAAUGGAGCCGUCGCAGCAGGGUGGCCCCGAUCCCGCCUCAGAGGAGGUGAACCCCGCCUACCUGCAGCAGCUGCGGGAGUUGGACAUACCUGAGGAAGCGGCCAAGCAGGCUCUUAUACACACCCGGAAUGUGUCUGCAGAGGAGGCUGCCAUGUACUACUUCAACAAGCUGGAAAACGAGGAGGAAGUUGAUGACGAUCUCAUAUUCAAGAUGGUGUUUGUGGUGAAUAUGGAUCUGUCCAUGGGGGUGGGAAAGGUGGCAGCGCAGGUGGCGCAUGCCGCUGUGGGGCUGUACCAGGCCUUGCAGGAGAAGAACAGCUGGAGGGAGAUGGCAUGGAAGUGGGACCGCACUGGGGCACAGAAAGUGGUGAUGCAGGGCACUAAUAUGCCACACCUGCUGGAGCUGCAGGCCUUGGCCAUGAGUCUCAGCCUCCCCACUUACUUGGUGCAGGACGCUGGGCAGACUCAGGUGGAGCCUGGGUCUCGCACUGUCCUGGCCCUGAUUGGAGAAGAGGAACUGGUCAGCAAUGUGACCGGGAGCCUGAAACUUCUCUGAGGACCGGGGACGCGCCACACAGUGCACCGAGGCGAACAGCAGGGGGCAGCAUCGGCUUUCAGCGGGAGGGUCCGGGCACGCCAGCAUCGCAAAAAAAAAAAAAAAAAAGCGGGAAAAAAACAGCAUAAAAAAAUCACAGCCAUCUUCUCAAUUAUGUUCCAUUACCACCACAGACCUGCAGGGGGGGUGAUAGGAGAGGCUCCUGAAGAAAAAAAAACAGUUCAAAAGACAAGUGAACUUAAAUGGGAACUGUUCUAAAUAGUUGCAGGAAGGUAAUCAGGAGUCAAAAUUAGCUUAAUUUAUAUAGAAUUUGAUGAAAACUAUAAACUCUAUCAUCCACACGUCAUUUAUUUAAAAUAUUAUAUCCUGCCGAAAAAUUCUGCGGGAAACUAUAGCUCAGUUUAUGGCUCAUUUUUAAUCUAAAGUAGUAAAGGUCAGUCCAAGUUUAUUCAGAACUGUCUUGUGCAUACCCCUUAAAAAAUAAGGACCUUAGGUUUUAAUAGAAUAAGUAAAUAGGCCCAUGUUACCUGUUGUAUUGGUGUACAGAUUGGGUAGAUGUUGCUGUUUUUAAUCCUAGGGGAGUGCUAGCAGUGAGUUAUAACGGUAUAUGUUCAUGUAGAAUGGCUAUCAUAAGUUAUGCGUUUUCUCCGCGGUGCCAUUUCCGAUGAUCCCUUCGGCUUUUGUUUAAUCUUUGGGAAUGGGGAAAUGUGAUUCAGUGUGAUUGACUUCCGCUCCUUUUUUAAAUGUAAUUCCCGGGGCCAUAGAAUGGCUUGGGGUGUAAUUUUUGGGCCGCUCUGCAGUCGUCACUUAACGUCUUCCCCGUCGCGUUGCCCCCCACCCCCCUCCCUUUUGUCCCUGUCUUUUUGACGGACGCUCCCUGAAGGGCGUACGGGGGGGCAUUUUCGUCCACCCCAACAAAACUUUGCGAGAGCGGGAAAGGGCGCGCUCUUAAUUUGUAAUAUAAUUGGCGGGAGGCGGAACAUGAUUUGCAUCGAACGCUCUUAAGUCAUUCCAGAUGUAAAGUGUUUAAACACACAGAGGACUGCGCAUGAUCCCGCAUGGUGUGUAUACACAUGCAAACACAGAAACACAUGCACACACACACACACACUCCCUCUCCCGUCUCUGUAUUUCCCUUGGUUAUAUCGGUGGUAGGAAGCUCUGUUCCUGCAAUGCCAUAAUCCUGCAGGUUUUCCUGUCCGUGCAUGACAGCAAAAUAACAAAAUAAGUGCUCCAGUUAACAGGGUUUUUAUUGAAACUUCUUAAAUUCCUGUCUUGGAAAAGACAUUAUAUCGUUUGUGCGGUGUCUUGAAAAAUUGGCUACGUUCAUGAUUUUUACUUUUUGUUCUUUUGCAACUAUCAACUAUAUGCAUGCAUUUCUCACUAACUUGCUAGCUUGAAUUGUUUAAUACCAGGAUUAGCAAUGUUAGUGGGACUUGGCUUGUAGCUCAUCGGCUUGUAUACAGCCAGAUGGCCUUAUAGUCUGGAAUUUGCUGCCAAGAAGACAUGCAACACACGAACAUAAUAUAUUUGCAAAUUGGCACCUGCAUGUUUACUGUAGUUACAUGUUCAGAAUUACCUGGCUUUCUGGCUAAUUCACUAGCAACACAAAAAAUAAUCAUUUAAAAAAAUCUUGAGCUUUAAAAUGAAUCUGAUUAUGGGAACCUUGAAUCUAGAAAUAUGGGCUGAAUUGGAACAAAAACCUGCAGUUUUUUUUUUGUCUUUGCAGGACAGUACACCGGCCCCUAUUGAGAGAGGGAGUUCAACCCACAUUGAACUGACAGUACUGACGACGCAUUACCUGCGCUUUAUUCCAAUAACAAACACAGAACAAUGCAAUGCUUAUGUACAAAAAAACAAGGUCAUGCUGAAAAUGUGUGUUUUUUUGUGCUUUCCUCGUUUGGUAACCUUGGUGAAGGUGAUUUCCGUUUUUGCAGUAAUGUUAUCCUCUUACAUAAUGUGCCAUUUUGACAUGUGGAACACUGACAAAGGAACUAUGAACUGCACCAAAAAAAAGUAUUUUCCAAAAAAUGUGUAGCCUAAGUUAUUGAAAGGAUUUCCAGUGUAUAGAGAGGGCAAUAUGUUAUGUGAAUAUAUUAUGUAAAAUAUAUAGUAUUUAAACAAAAUUUUCUGUUGGUAAAUGUUCUUCAUCUAUAAAUGUUAGGCUUCAAGCCUUUUCAAGUACUUAAUACUCAUUCCGCUGCUACAUUUGAGUUAACUGUGCUUGCUAAUAGCAAUUUUAAAAUGUUUUAAACUGUGGGGAAUAUUAAAAUAAUCCAUAAGUAAGCUGA